GUCUAAACUAGUAAGUGGCCUUGGCAGUUUAUGCAGAGGAACCAGUGAACUUUGGGGAAAACCCCCGACACGCAAUAACGCCACUACGCGCGGAAGCAACACAAACAGUCUAGGUCAUAUAGCGUUCGUUCACGUCAACUCAGCUCAGUCAACAGUUUCGAGAUAAAGCUCAAGCUUUCCUUCUGCGAAGGUUGUUGAGAGUCAGAUCGAUUGAGGAACGAGAGCAGAGGUUUGAAGAGAAAUGAGAGGUUGCUUCACAUGACCGCUGACAUGUAAUAAUUAGUUCGCAAAAACCACCAGUUGUGCGAGUCAUGCCGCUCGUUUCUUUUCUGUGAAGAAGUUGACACCCGGGAUCGAGUCUCUGCUGCACUCAAAAUGUCUUUUGCCGAUCUGAUUCCUCCCCCAAUGGGGUUUAACAGUUAAUGCAUGUAGAUCAACUGUGAACUGCCUAUUAAGCCAGCAAUGGAACCACAAGCUAAAAGCAAACACAAGGCCUUGAAGAAGGGACAGGCUGAGUGGCAGAUAGUCCCACCAAAGAAACGAAAUUCUCCUAAAGGAAGUCCAGUACCAAGUCCAUCCAUGAAACCUUUGCCACUGAGAGCAGGCUCACUAGACAUUGCAAGUUCAUCAGACAGCUCAGAUCAACAUACCGGAAGUUCAGCAACAGUUUCAGGCAGAAAUGGCAGGCAGCGUAGUUUAACUGACGUCUACUUGCAGGACAUUGCAGAAGAAAUGCAUUCUUCAAAGUGGAAGCCCAUCUUCAGAUAUCUUAUGUCUGCCUAUGAUGGGAAGUCUUCAGUCGACGUGAUGAUUGGUGACAUAGAGGAGAACUUCCAGAUCGCAGUAGAACGAAGAUUCCAGGCGCUGAAGAAGUGGGUGAGCACCAUAGAAGAGGCUGCAACUCGAGAGAUACUUGAAGAGGCAUGUGAUAGGUACAUGUAUAAAUGCCCCUUUGAUGCUGAUGAGGGAAGCUAUCUCAUAGUGUCAGGUGCUGGUGCUGCAAGUAAAUCAAAGCAGGAAGAAACUGGUGCAAGACCUAAGGAGAGGGUGCUGAAACCACAAGCAUGUGUGACUUGGGACGGACAAGAGCUGUCUAUCCAUCGAGGAGCAGAAAUUGAGACAACAGUUCCGCUGAAAGGCAUAAUAGACAUUUACACAGAAGAGGGAAGGACAUCAGAUCAUGCGACAAUAGCAGAGGCCAUGCUGACCUCCAUCAUCAAUCCCAAUCAGUCAGACCUCAAAUACAGAAUGGAGCUUCAAGAACUGAGGGACCGUUUCCACAUGAAGUUUGGUAAAAAGUUGUUAUUUAGAGAGCUUGUUGUAGGAGGGAUUGAGCCUUUUGUUAAAGAUAAGACGAAAUGUCUGAAACUCAUUCAGCAGGAAGGAAAAAAGUAUGUAGUUCAGAUUCAUACAGGGGGUGGGAAAAUAGUACCUAGUACAGAUGUGAGUGAUGCUGGUAGUGACAUUGAAAGUGAAAUAGAGACUUAUCAGACGGCAUCUGAACCUUCAUCAACUUGCUCCUCCCCGUCAGGCUUUGUAUAUCAAGAGGAAAUACCUUGGCAACUACCCAAAAGAAGUCCUCGGGCCCCGAAUAACAGAGGUGACUCAACUAAGAGUUUGUGUAAGACCCCUGACAGAAAAUAUUGCCCAAGAGUAGAAGCCGAUGAGCUAAGGCCUUUAAUGGAAAAGUGUAAGGGAAGCCAUCUCAUAUUCAGAACUGAGGACGAGUAUGUGGGAGAAGAAGGUUCAAGGGUGUUCACGAAGGAUGUUGUGGCCUUGUGGAAUACUCCAAGAAAAGGUAAGGAUGAUGCAUACAUUGUUGUAGGUGUAAAAGCUUAUUCCUCGCCUCCACAUGAUUUGCAAGGUCUGAAACAGGUUGGCAGAAUAAAUGAAGACUACCAGGAGAAGUUCAUGAACCAAAGCUUUUCAUACAAGCCACAAUUUUGUUACUCUGAGGCUGGGUACUCUGAUAAAAUCUAUGGUGUUGUGCGCAUUGCAAAUGGUAAGGGCUACGGAGAUGUUUGUUAUGCUAAAGAUACAUGCAUCAAUGGGGAAUGGUCUCAGAAUGACAUUUUGUUCAGAGACGGCAAUACAUUUGCUUGUGCAACUCGUAAAGAUCAAGGUCCAAUAUACAGAUGGUUUAAUAAGAGGAACUCCAGUGGCACACCAAGAGAUGCAAUGGAUAGCAACUGGGAAGAAUUCAUUCAUCUAAUGGAUGUUGAAAACCAUCAAAGACGAAGCUACUGCUUACUGGUAAGUCGAUGUCCAAGUGAAACAUCUGAAUUAAGUACCUUGGGCAAUUUCCCCUGGAUUAAAAUUUGGGAUUUUGAUCCAGAUAGCAGAGAGAGUGGCUUGUUGUCAAAGUGUGAGGCAACUAUUCAGGACCAGAUAAGCAUAACAACAUGGAAAGAUCCUCUACAAACAUCUCAAUCGAACUCCUUCAGGGAAUGGCUCUUCGUGCGAGGCUUGAGGAGUAUUGAAGAGAGUCUUGUCUUGGGAAAAGUCAAGGAGUGGGGUAAACUUGUAGGAGCAUCGCUUGAUGCACAUCGCGACCAGAUCAACAGGUUUUGUGAAAAGAAGCCACUGACUGUGGUCGUUCUGUGGUAUGGCAGCAAGGAUUGCCUCAGGCAUCUGCACAAAGCCUUGGGAAAGAUUGAUGAGUGUCCGAGUGGCAUAAAAUAUGUCAUUUGCAUGCAGCAGACUCCGGAUGAUGAGGACAGUCAAGGUGUGGUCAAAGAACUGUGCAUGCAGUUAGAAAUAUCAAAGGUAAUCGAGAUACCACUUGAACGACUAUGCUUUGAAAUGAGCAUGCUCCCUUGUUGUCGGAAGCCUUCAGUCAGAAGCCAUGAACUGCCAGGUAAUACCAUCCUUAAAAGCCGUGACUCCGAAUGGCUUCACCAAGAACUUGACAUACUCUUCAAGGGGGAAUUCUCAACAGAAGACGGGUCCAAUUACGGAGAGGCUUUUUUGAAGGGUGGAAAUCUCACCUGGCAAGAAAUAGAACACGGUGUCUAUGAUGCCAAGCGCUCUGUUGCAUCCAAACUCUCUGCUUCCCUUCAGAAACGGCUUUACAAAGGCCUUUCUGGCAUUGUUACUCUCUUCCAUGAACCGGGUGCAGGUGGGACAACGUUGGCUCGCCGGACACUGUGGGAUCUCCAUGAUGACUUCCCAUGUGCAUGUGCAAUUUCUGAUGUCAUUGACCCCAGUGCAAUAUAUCAAAGGUUAGAAAUGCUGUAUCAAUGCACCCAUCUGCCCAUUCUUCUUCUUGUUGAUGGUCAAGAAUCGAGACUGGUGAAAGAGCUGUUUGAGAUGAGUCAGAAUAUCCAUAUCAUCAUCCUGAACGUACAAAGAUACAGAGUGGAAAUUAGAAACAAGACUAGCCAAGGAGAUAAGUUUUGGCUCAAGGGUGAAGUUGAUAAGAAUGAGGCUAGGCGUUUCAGCCUUGUCUUUUCAAACAAGUGUAGUGGAGAUACAAAAAAGAGGUUGGAAUAUAUGGUACAAGAUGUGGAAGAACAAGUAACCCCACACUAUGUGUAUGAAUUUGGCUUGACAGUAUAUGACACCGCAUACGUUGGACUAAGAUCUUAUGUAUCAGGGUACUUGAAUCUGAACAGUCAAAGUUUGGAAUGUUUGGCCAGUUGGCAGAGAGCAGUGGGUUACUUGGCACUUGCAUUUUACUAUGGACACAAGAGCAUUCCCUGCCAAUUCUUCUCCAUCCUGUUUGAUAAGAAGGAAUCUGAAGUUGUAAAGGCUGAUGAUGUCUUGACACACAGUGGAAAGCAGUUUGUUCUGGAAGAUGUCAGGAACUGCACCUGGAGGAUAACACACCAUGCAGUUGCCCAGGAAAUCCUAGAGCAGAUACUGUAUGGCAGGCGGAAAGGCAACAAAUAUCUCCGCCUCAGCAUAGAAGCAUGCAGGAACCUGAAGAAGUUUGCCAAAGACUUCUUGACAUAUGCUAGUGAGAAGCAACAGAAAUUAAAGAUUGACCCUUCUUCCUCGAUCAUGCGCAUUGUGCGUGGUAUCUUCAUCCACCGGGAUUACAGAGAUACUGGGCAGGAUGAGUACCAUAAGCGUGACCGUCUUUCCAGACUUCUGUGUGACAUACCUUGCUCCAAAUCCUCCUCGGACCAGCUGGAGCUCAUGGAACAUCUUGCAUCAUGCUUCCCCGAAGAUCCAACAUGCAUCUUGCACUUGGGAAGAGCGCAUCUUUUGAUUACACAGGACUUGGACCUUGCCAAAAAGUAUCUCGUAAAGGCUAAAGAUCUUCGUAACAGAGAAAGAAAGGCCAACCAGGAAAAAUAUGACAGGAUGUCUGGUGAAAAAGCAAGUGACGGUGGCUCCAAAGAUGACAGUACCCUAUGCACAAUAUACCACAACUUAGGCAAUCUUUCCCAUGAGCAAAUAAAAAAACACAUUGGUGGUGGGAAACUUGGAGACGGCAAAAAGUACAAAUGUAUGCUGGAUGAAACAAGUGACAUCCUGGUGAAGGUGAUCAGACAUGCUCGUACUGCAGUUGACCACUUCACUAACUGUAGACAAUUUCGGAGCAAAGGAAUGGAUGCUAGUUAUGGUUUCAUUGGAGAGAUAAAGAUGCGACUGCACGUUGCAGAUUUUGUGGAGAAAUGCUACAAACAGGGUGGAUACUAUGGCUUCUUGUCUGCUGAGCACAGCGAAAGUGAACUUAGAGAUUUUGUCGAGAGCUGCUUUGGCUGUGUUGAAAAUCUCCUCAGAGAGUACCAAGAUUUGAUGUCACCAACAGGUCAGGCAGAAACAGAAGAGCUGGACAGUUGUCUGAACUGGUUCUACGCCAUUUUUCACGACCCAGAGACUGCUUUGAAGUUUUGGCAAGGUAAGGAAGGAGUGGAUAGUAACAGAAGCAAAAUUGCUGUCUAUAAGUUGAAACAUAAGAGACAGCUGAAAGCAUCAACUCGCAGGACUCCCUCCCAAGUCCUCCGUUGUUUAACAGUUGAAGAUAUGAAGACAAUUAUCCAGCUCUAUGAGGGACUCUUCCAUGAUGCCUAUAUGCGAAGUAUCCAUACAGACAUAAGUACUGAUCUGAAAGAUUGGAUGCUUGCUAUACGCCUGCAACCUGACAUCUAUUCCAUUGCAGGAAAAGUACUUCCACAAGUUGAAAAGUGUCGGGCGGUUUCGCCCUCCUCUGACACAGCACUGUACUACCUGUUUGUUCUCAACACAACGCUCGCUCUGCUAACCCAAGAAAAGAAGUACUUGGCCGAGUCAAACCGUCUCAGAGAACAACUCAAGAGAGCACACUCUAAAAUCCAUCGUCUCCACAGAAAAUAUGCCUGGGAGUGGUUAGGAGCCAAUAAAGAGGACCACAGUAUCCGACGGUUGGUACACAGAAGUUCUCUGGGUGACUGGGACUCAGAAAAACGUUUCUGGCAAGAUGAAAGCGCACACGUGAAACUGCAGGUCUGCACAGGGGUGAUACGGGACUGUAAGAUGCCUCUUCAUGGACACAUUGGCAUCACAACUGGUGGUUUGAGCGCAGGUCAUCACAAUGGUUCACUUCAGGCGGUGUUUGUACCAAAACAGUACAAACUAUAUGGCAGGAACUACCUCAAUGCAGAAGUCGAGUUCUACAUUGGAUUCAAUAUUGAGCAUGGUGUUGAAGCUUACAGUGUGUUGCAGAGGAAGAAGUACCAGUGCAAUCACUGUAAAAGUACAGUUACUGUGUCCAGGUUAGUCAAGCCACCAACGAAGAUCUGUCAUCGUUGUGGCCGUGCUAUUCAAGUACUUCCGGAGACUGAGUAAUGCCAACAAUUAAACAAGGGAAAUGUUUCCCCAUAUACGUGUUCAUGCAUUAGUAUCAGAAACAUAUUCAGUACAUGUACGUAUACUGCACAGUUGUAAAUAAGCAACAACAUUUUAAAAGAGAGAACGCAUGUAUUUCUACAUAUCACAUGUGUACUGCAUGAUGGGAUCAUUGAAUGGUACCGUCUUUCCCCCUUCAAGCCCUUUCUUGUGUCGGGAUUCUUUUUGUGGUAUCCCCCUACUUUGGGCGUCUAUGUGCCUCUAAAAAGUUUUCAUUUGGGGUUGUUGCUAUUGCACACUAAUGAAUCUCCCAUGCGAAUGGACUGGUUCUUUGUCCCCACAUUUCCAAUUCUACAUGUACUUGGGCGACAGGACUGUAAAAAGUUCAAAGAACUAAUAAUUGUCACGUUUUCAGUUGUCUCAUUCUAAAGUGAAUAAUUUUUAUAUUGCCAGAAGAGCAACACACGGAAACUUGAAAAUUGCACAGAUACCAGCAUUACGGCAUCUUUACGGCUCUGCCAUAAAUGUAAACUGAAGAAUUAGGCAUACUGUGCAGACAAAAGCAUGAUAUGCUAUCAUUUGUUGCUCACUUCUGUACUUGGUAUGUACACGUAGUAUGCUUCUUGACUAUAGAAUACAUGUACUUAAAUUACCCAAAAUCAAACAUGUUUCUGCAUACAUGUAGAUCUCAAGAUUUAUUCCUUAAGGACCAAGACACUUGACAGUUUUAACUACAUUUGUCAAGGUGUUCAAUUGUUAAAUUAAAUUAAAUGGUUUACAAUAUGGUGCUGCAUUAUUUUGUACAUGGAAUCAAUUUUUUUUUUGGUAUUAUUCAUGUUCAUGUACAAACUAACUUGUACUUACAUAUACUUAAAUGUGUACUUGUAUAUUUUCCACUCUUUAGAAACUGAAAUUGUGAGCAGGCCAUAUCAAGUUUUUCAUUGUAAACCUUUAAAUUGUGCCACUUUGAGUGGCAUGAGUGCUCUGAGCAAAACGUGAAUAUUUGUACAUUUUGGGAAUAUAUAAAUUAAUGCAUUGCCAGACAACAUUUAGAGCCAUGGUUUGUACACUUUAUCAACAUAUUCCUGAAUCUGAACCCGAGGUUAAUUAUGUACCUGAAGUUAUGACAAUGCAUACAUGUACAACACAUUCCUGUAAUGCAGAAUAUGUGUCUUUUUCUUUCAUACAUACAGAUGGCUCAUUAGAAAGGACUUACUUUUAUGAUAAUUUUAAACAUAUCAUCUAAAUUUCUUUCGUUGUUUUAUGUGGUACAUGAAGGUUGUUUCAAAAUGGAAAAGUUCAUUCACAGAGUGCAUUUGCAAGAAUAGGCCUACUGUAUGCGAAUUAAACAAAAAAGCUUUCAUUCCUUUGAUGCUUUUUGAUUUAGUACUCAAAUGACAAUUCUGUUAUUUCAUCUUAUCCAGUUAAAAUACAUAACAUUAGUCGUAAGGUUAUAUAAAGGGUAUUUUCAAACCAGACACAAUUUAUCGACCGUAAGUUGCACAUUUUGAAUAAGGCAAAGUGAUGAAUUUGCAGAGUAUCUGUGUUAUAUUUAACAUUGUUUAACACAGGAUGAUAUUUUUUUACAGAUCAAGAAGUGGGUGUUAGGGGUAUGUGUUGAACAAGGAUGUUGUUUGUUUACUUGCACAACUGCAAACAUGGCAAGUGGAGAUCAUUUCUGAAAAUCUUUCAUUUUUAAGAACAAUUUUUCAAGGAUUUAUAAUUCUUUCAAGUAACUUUUGGGCAGUCUUACAGAGUCAUUACAAGAUCAUACAUGUGUGCAGGUCUUAUUUUGAUGGACGGGAAUUGACCUAUCGCCGUUUGCGAGUUGGAUAUGCCCCUUGGACAACCCUAUGUAAUUUUUGUACGCUGACUUUUAUUGUCUCAGAUGUUGGGCGUUCCGCGUCCAUUUUGUAUAUCAUGUCAUUGGACGAUAUUUCACAAGCUGCGUUGACUCGAUUUUUACGCGAUUCUACCGCGAUAGGUCAAUUCUGCCCUCACUGAUGCAAUUUUAUAUAAGCACCAUAUAUUCAGAGCUAUCUGAGAGCUUAACUUACUCGGGUGGGAAUUGAAUCUAAACUACUUGAAUCAUUUAUUAAAAUAAGUUCUUAUCGUACUAUUAAAAAAUGAAACUGCAAGGCAUCUGCAUGUGUAUUUUCAUACCCAUGGCUGUAUUGUCUUUAAGAGUACAAUGUACUGAUGAUGUGAUCGGGUGGGAAUUGAAUCUAAACUACUUGAAUCAUUUAUUAAAAUAAAUUCUUAUCGUACUAUUAAAAAAUGAAACUGCAAGGCAUCUGCAUGUGUAUUUUCAUACCCAUGGCUGUAUUGUCUUUAAGAGUACAAUGUACUGAUGACAUGAUUUUUCAAAUUUAGUUAACAUGUACAUGCAUACACGUAUGUAUGUGCCGUUGGUUUUGAUGUGUUUCUGGAGGACUGCAUAUGAUGUAUUACUCUUUUUUAAAUGACACCUAAAUGUUUUAAUUACUGCCUGUCAACCAAACUAGAAGUUCCAAGCUGUGAUUUAUAAGAACCGCUUUACAAUUGAUAAAUCAUUUAAAAAAAUGUGAGUAAACGUCUAAGCAGUGUACACUGUCUCCAAUAAUACUACUGAUCAUGAACAUGUUGUAAAGACAAUUUUUGAGAAAAAAAAAUUAAUUUGAUGGGCACCAGUAUUUUAUCUGGUAUUCCAAACAUGGACAAAAAAUCAAGAGAACAGACUUCAGUUUAUAUUGUUACAGAUGUUACAUGUUGAUGCUGCCUUUAUUUUUACAAUAAUAAAUGAGUCUUGUAAACAAA